AUUCGCUAACGAUAUCCUCUACCAACAUUAAUCACAAACGUCUAAAACAAUUCCAUAUUCUCAGCAAUACAAAAUGGCUGCUGCAGGGUGUGAGAGUAUCCCAAAAUUGGUUCUGAGCUCCUCUGUUGGCCACCGUAGCAUGCCGGUUCUCGGCUUUGGCACGGCUUCCGAUAGCACAGGCUCGACCCUUUUGAAAUCUGCAGUCUUGGAGGCCAUCAAGCUCGGCUACCGCCACUUUGAUACAGCUUUCGUAUAUGGGUCUGAACAGGGACUUGGGGAAGCCAUAGCAGAAGCUCUUAAACUUGGCCUUGUGGGUUCUCGGGAUGAGCUCUUUAUCACUACCAAGCUCUGGUGCAAUGAUGCUCAUCCCCACCUUGUUAUCCCUGCUCUUCAGAAAUCCCUUCAGAAUCUUCAGCUGGAGUACCUAGACCUCUAUCUUAUUCACUGGCCAAUUAGUGCCGAACCAGGAAAAGGAAAAUUUCCCAUAAAAGAGGAGGAUAUUAUGCCAAUGGACUACAAGUCUGUUUGGGCAGCCAUGGAGGAAAGCCAGAGACUGGGGCUGUCGAAGUCCAUUGGAGUCAGCAAUUUCACCAUCAAGAAGCUUCAAAACUUGCUCUCCUUUGCUAAAAUCCCACCGUCUGUGAAUCAAGUGGAAAUGACCCCAAUAUGGCGACAGAAAAAGCUCAUUGAUUUCUGCAAGGCCAACAAUAUCAUAGUGACUGCCUACUCUCCCUUGGGAGCCAAUGGCACGCCAUGGGGAUCCAAUGAUGUUAUGGACAACCAAGUUCUUAAGGACAUCGCGCUGGCCCGAGGCAAAUCCGUUGCUCAGGUUAGUCUUAGAUGGAUAUAUGAGCAAGGAGCAACUUUAGUGUUUAAGAGCUACAACAAGAAGAGGUUGAAUGAGAACUUGGAUAUCUUUGAUUGGGAGCUAACACAGGAUGAUCUCCAUAAGAUCAGUCAACUCCCACAGAAGAAAUUGAUACUCAGUUUUUCUCGUGGAAAGGGAGCUGAUUCCAAGUUUGUUCAAGAAUUAUGGGACGGAGAGCUUUGAUUAACUCAAUAAAGACAAAAUUAAACUUUGGUACAUAUGUUGUGAUCCAUAAGUAUUGCAAAAUUUUUUUUUUUUUUUUUUAAAUUUUAUCACUCUGUGUAUGGUUUUAUGACGUACGUGUUUUUGUUUUGUUUUGUGUUGUUUGUUUGUUUGGGCAUGGAUAAAAGAAUAAUAUUGUAAGCGAAAAAUUGUCUUGCUCUAUAAAAUACAACACCUAAGGUCAGUACAUGUCCCGAACUAUGAAAGUGACACUUUUUCUGUCAAAAAUUAUUAUUCUUAUUAUAUUUUUUUAAUUUUUUA